CGUAACGCGUACCGUCUGUCGCGCGUAAAGUUGUGUUUGACAGGAACGGAACAGAGGCAGGCGACGGCAGUCAGCUUCCCCGGAGCCGAAUGGAGUAAUCACAAACUAAAUAUUAUCUCUGACGGCGUCACUGUUAUUGUUGAGGAGCACCGUUCAAACAACGACCAUGGCAGACGACCAGUCCUCUCAGUCUUGGUCAAUCGACAAGGAUGACUAUGAACUUAAGGAGGUGAUAGGGAGUGGAGCCACUGCGGUCGUCCAGGCAGCUUAUUGCAAGCCUAGAAAGGAGAAGGUGGCCAUCAAACGCAUCAACCUCGAGAAGUGUCAAACUAGCAUGGACGAACUCCUGAAAGAGAUUCAGGCGAUGAGCCAGUGCCACCAUCCAAACAUUGUGUCUUAUUAUACCUCCUUUGUGGUGAAGGAUGAAUUGUGGCUAGUGAUGAAGCUCCUCAGUGGGGGCUCCGUGCUGGACAUCAUCAAACACAUCAUAUCCCGCGGCGAGCAUAAGACUGGCGUACUGGAUGAAGCAAGCAUCGCUACCAUCCUGAAAGAGGUGCUGGAGGGACUAGAGUACCUUCACAAAAACGGGCAGAUUCAUCGGGAUCUAAAAGCUGGAAAUAUUCUUCUUGGGGAAGAUGGCUCAGUGCAGAUUGCUGACUUCGGUGUGAGUGCCUUUCUAGCUGCAGGUGGAGACAUGACAAGGAACAAAGUCCGGAAAACAUUUGUUGGGACGCCGUGCUGGAUGGCCCCGGAGGUCAUGGAGCAGGUUCGUGGCUAUGACUUCAAAGCAGACAUCUGGAGUUUCGGGAUAACCGCGAUCGAACUGGCCACGGGGGCUGCACCGUAUCACAAAUACCCACCCAUGAAGGUGCUGAUGCUGACUUUGCAGAACGACCCUCCCUGUCUGGAGACGGGCAUCACCGAUAAGGAAAUGGUGAAGAAGUAUGGAAAGUCCUUCAGGAAGAUGCUCUCACUCUGCUUACAGAAAGACCCAGAAAAAAGGCCUACGGCUGCUGAGCUGCUGAAGCACAAAUUCUUCACGAAAGCCAAGAACAAUGAGUACUUACAGGAGAGGCUCCUUCAGAAAGGUCCUUCGAUAACGGAUCGUUCCAAAAAGGUGCGUCGUGUGCCCGGUUCCAGCGGCCGCCUCCACAAGACGGAGGAUGGCGGGUGGGAGUGGAGCGACGACGAGCUGGACGAGGAGAGCGAGGAGGGUAAAGCUGCAGUGGCGGCUCUGCGGUCGCCCAGAGUCAAGGACGGGUCCCAGAAUAUGGAGCUUUUCCCGCCAGCAGAUGGCACUGCAGCCCAUCUGCAGCCGCCGCCUGCAGUGCAGGAGAAACCAGCUAAUGUGGCUUCAACGGCAGAAGACGUCCCGCCGCCGGCUCCCCCUCAGGCUGCGAGUCCUUCACAUGUCCCUGCUGUUCAGGAUCCAGCAGCCUCAUCCGGUGUCCCCAUCAGUCUCGUCCUGAGAUUGAGAAAUCUCAAGAAAGAGCUCAAUGACAUUCGAUUCGAGUUCAUGCCUGGCAGAGACUCGGCUGAUGGAGUCUCUCAAGAGCUGGUCUCAGCUGGUCUGGUUGAUGGGAGAGACUUAGUUAUUGUUGCUGCCAACUUGCAGAAGAUUGUCGAUGACCCCUCUAAUAACAAAAACGUGACCUUUAAACUGGCGUCUGGUGUGGAGGAGUCGGAAAUCCCUGAUGAUAUUAAACUCAUUGGAUUCGCACAACUCACCAUCAACUAAGUCAAGCAGAGCCAGGAAACAAAGGACAGAUGAAAAAUGGUGUUGCACAGCUGCAUUGUAGUCAAUUCCAAGAAACCACUACUGCCAAAAAGAGGAGGUGGAGGAAGAGGAGCGAGCAUGAGGCUGGCAGGAGGGUGACGCUACUGCAGGAUGCAUGAGGACCACAUUGGAGAGGUUCAGUUCAUCACAAGAAUCACACUUGAAAAGUUUACAGUGCGCUUAUACAGUAAAUGGGAGAAGAGAUGCAAUCAAGUAUAUCCAUUCCUAAUUUCUUUUUUUUUUUCUUUUCAUUUCUUCCUCUCUCUUCAUACACAAGCACAAUACAAAUCAUCUCCUGCCAGUACUGGAAGUAAUUGCCUUUUUUUUCUUUUUCUUUUAAUUUUUUUUUUAAAGUAUCGACUGUGCCACAAAGCUCUGAGGAGUGUCGUGCCACCUUAACAUGGCACUUUAUGCUACACUGAAACAGAAGUGUAAGUUCAGCCUUAGUUCAUAGAGACUUGACCAGUGUGUUUGGUGGAAAAAUUGAGUCAGUCUGUGACCGCGAGGUGUAUUUUAUUUUACGCCUACCUACGACAUCUAAGAAAAUCCCUUAACAAUAAUACAAAUACCUUAUUAACGCAUUGUAGCAUAGUUUUCCUUUUUAAGAAAAAAAAUGAUUUUCUGUCUUAUGAAUGAGUUUGUACUUAAAGAAAUGAAAAUUGAAUCAAGUCUCCUGUGCAAAACGGCCCAAAGCAGUGUGAUGAAUUCUGUCCCCCACAGCAUCGGUGUGGUCAUUUGUCAUCUCCGACUUGAAAUACGCGCAUUUCAUGUUUAAUCGUUUUGUCCGAUUAUUCCAUAUACAGGUUCACGCUUUGACACACGGUGGUAAAGACAGCAUUACUUACAGAUUUCAACCUGCCUACUGUUCCUGUACUAUGCAAUAAUUGUUUUCUUUCCACUAGUUGCUGAUUUUCCUCCUCUUUUGUCUCCUAAAACCACUUUUUGUGCGCGUACCCUCCAAAAGGAGUUCAUGAAGAGUCGCCCAGCCGAACGGGCAGCUCUGAAAGAACAUGCAGCAAACAUUACUGUGGUUGACACCAAGUGUGAAAACAUUGACAGCAGACGGGUAAUGAUUCCUUUUCUUUUUUUUUAACCAAAACUCCUCGGAGAUAAUUCAGCCUUGUAAUUACUGAAUCCUGAAUGCUGGUGGUGUUGCACAGACUGACUGCUGAUGGAUUUCUGUGAAGGUACACGCCCUAAAAAUCCCCGUUUAAAAAAACAAAACAAAAAAAAACACUCUUCCAACAUGAAAUAAAUCAUUACUUAUAAAUAAAUCACCAUAAUUAGUUGGUGAGAUUGUGACUCUAAUUUGACAUUUUCCAUGCAGAUAGCUUUUUUUUCCCCUCCUCUUUCUGGGACUUUGUUCCAGUGGUUUUCGUUCUCGCGCAGCUACAGUGCAGAUGAAUUAAACUCUUUGAGGUAAUGACCGCUGAUCAGAACCGAUCGAGAGAAUUUGAUAUUUAAUGAAUGACAAUUGAAGUGUUUUCUCCCUUUAAAAAAAAUUAAACAUUUACUUUUUUUGCGCAAAUGUUAAGUUUUUAGUUUGUCUCACUCUCACUGCAGCAGCAUGUUGUCAUUGAUCAGUCAAAAAAAAAAAUAAAAAAAGGCAUUUAUUCCAAGUGGAAUCAUAUUAAACUUUAAUCAGGGCUUCUGAAACCUCAAUAAUGAAAAAAAAAAAAAAACUAUCUGCAUGCUAGAUUAUCAGACUGCUCGUGUAUAUUGGGUAAAAUAACCCUUU